AUUCCUUUUUUGGAGUAAAAGACGCAGAAACGUCACCAAAAAGCUGUGCGUAAAAGUCCACUUUUACGCACGGGCGACAAGGCGCAGAAUGCCAUCUCUCGACUUCAAAGCCGGUUGGAUGACGCCAGAAAAAUCUUUCCUCGUGCUCCUGAGUCAAAUUUUAGAAAUGAGAUAUGAUUGAGUUAAACUGCGAAGGCUCCUUGAGCAUUAAGCCGAAAUGCUGCUGAGGGUCUACCUGGCGUUGUGCUGCAGGAGAGUCCUUCACCGCCGUUAACUUCACAUGAGAGCCUCUCCUCCUCCAGACUGUAUUUUGUUGUUGGGUGUUUUUUUUUUUUUCCCCCCCGUCACGUUUGUAUUUUACACCGGGUCUCCUGGACGAGUGUGUGCAUCUGAAUUUAGCUAACACGCUGCUUGGGUCCAAUGAUAUCAAACGAAAGAAGAAAGAAAGUAAAAAAAAAAAAAAAAAAAAAGAACUGGGGGAGGUUAAUCAUUUACGCAGCCACUUAACACGCGGAUGUGUAUUUAUUUACUUAUCAGUAUCAGUCAAUUUCCCUCCCCGCAAGUGCACUUUUGCAUGUCUGAGUACGAUAAGGCAUAACACAAACAAUCCUGCAAUCACUGGAGGCCUCUCAUGGCCAUUAAAAGUCAGUAGUUCAACUGAGGAGUGGUUCUCCAACUCUCAAGUCCAUAUAGGCCUCCUUUCAUCAAGAGGCCCUCGUAAACAUCACUACAGUUAAUAAAGUGUAUUGUGUGGUCAGCGCAGUCUCAAGGUGCAGCCGCGCGUUUAUCAGCGGCGGCAACAAGUCACAAACCCCCCGAACGCAGCAGCGCGGCAGCGAGUCGGGACAGCGCCCUGCAGCCGCCGGGAUGAGCGUUUAUGAUCAUGUACAGCGCUUAUGUUAUUGUUAGUGGGAGGGGGAGCACAUGUCUUGUAAGUGAAAUUACGCUCGGCGAGGAAAAAAAAGGAGGCUAGAGCUGUUUUGGUAUUGUUGCCGAUGCCCCGCCUCUGAUGGUAGCCUUAAACCUGGCACCCAGCUAAAACAAACCAAAGCCAGCGCCGAGCUCCCACUCAAUCCAAUUAAGGCGGACUUGAGGCGCUCUCCUACGUGUUCAUCUACCAGGAUCGACGUUGAGACAACAGGAACCAGAGGGGCUUUGGCCAAAAAAAAAAAAAAAAAAAAGAGAGGAGAGGAGAGAGAAGGAGAGAUUGCCUUGCCUUCUAAUUUCUCCCUCUCCAGCCCCAGAACAAUGUCGAUGAGCCCUAAGCAUACGACUCCUUUUUCUGUUUCCGAUAUCUUGAGUCCCCUUGAGGAGAGCUAUAAGAAAGUAAGUAUGGAGAAUAACAACUUGGGGGCACCUCUCAGUUCUUACCGGCAGCCGCAGGUCUCUCAGGCGGCGAUGCAGCAGCACCACAUGGGCCAUAAUGGGACUGUGUCUGCGGCUUACCACAUGACUGCGGCAGGUGUUUCCCAGCUGUCACACACGGCCAUGGGGGGCUACUGUAACGGCAACCUGGGCAACAUGGGCGACCUGCCGUCGUACCAGGACGGCAUGAGGGGCAGCACCACGGCCACCGGCUGGUACGGAGCCAACCCGGACCCGCGCUUCUCCACCAUUUCUCGCUUCAUGGGCUCGUCGUCGGGCAUGAACAUGGGCAGCAUGGGCAGCCUCAGCUCCCUGGCAGACGUGGGCAAAGGCAUGGGCUCCCUGUCCAGCACACCGAGGAGAAAGAGGCGAGUGCUGUUCUCCCAGGCGCAGGUCUACGAGCUGGAGCGACGCUUCAAGCAGCAGAAAUACCUGUCGGCGCCCGAGAGGGAGCACCUGGCGAGUAUGAUCCACCUCACCCCGACCCAGGUGAAAAUCUGGUUCCAGAACCACCGGUACAAGAUGAAGAGGCAGGCGAAGGACAAGGUGUCCCAGCAGCAGAUGCAGCAGGACAGCGGCUCUUGCCAGCAGCAGCAGCAGCAGCAGUCCCCGCGGAGGGUGGCCGUGCCGGUGCUGGUGAAGGACGGCAAGCCGUGCCAAGGCAGCGGCCACACGCCCACGUCCUCGGCGCAGAACCACCACCAGCAAGGGGGCAAUGUCAUGAUCAUGUCGAACAACACGUCCGGCCUCGGGCAGCAUCAGAGCCAGCAGGUGGGGAGCACGGGGCACUCUCCAGAUUUGGCGCCGCACUCGUCCAGUCCGCCGUCGCUGCAGAGCCAAGUGGCCGGCCUCUCCCACCUCAAUUCCCCCGGCGCAGAGUACGGCUCGGCCCUGCAGUGCUCAGCCCUGUUAUACGGCAGGACGUGGUGACAAGAGGCGCCGGCUAUGAUUUAAAAAAAACAAUUCUUCUAUUUAAAGAAAGAAAAAAAAAGAGAGACACAUUUUUUUUUCUUCUUUCGAGACAGUUUCACUGUAAAAAUGUGCGCAUUUGAACAAAACGCCGAGCGACACCGGCGCAGCAGCUCCUCUUUGAAUUUUUUUUUUUCUUUUUUCCACCUUUUGGAAAAGGAAGUGGCGACUUAACGCGGAAGUGAAGGAGAGAAAGAGACACUUUCGACCACAAACUGCGGGAUGUGUGAAAGUCUUUGGAUUUAUUUAUGUAAAUUAUAUUUGAGACAAACAGAAGAAUCAGCAGUCAUUAUAGGCCGCGUUAGUGGGGAAGAAGAAGUGAACCUGAACUUUAAAGAAAAAAAAAAAAACAACUGCUGUAUAUGGGUGCUGUGAAAUCCCCCUCCCACCUCCCCCUCCCCUCACACACACACAGACACACACGCACACACAAACACAAACACACACACGAUGGCUCUGAUUUAUGAUAGAAAAAUUUAAUGUAAGCCGUAGAUCUAGCUUGUAUAUUUCUGUAAAAGGUUUGGAAUUUUAGCUAUCUGUUGUACAAAAAGUUUUUUGACGCUUCUUGCCGGUUUGUUGUCGUUUCAUUGGUAUUUGUACCGUUUUAUUUUCUUUGUAACUUAUAUAGAUAUUUGACUUACAAAACAGUCCUAUUAAUAAAUUAUGGAAACAAGUCAG